AUGGCCAUCUCCUCGCGCCUCGCGCUCUGGGAGCAGAAGAUUCGUGACGAGGACCGGGGGCCACCGCCGUCUGCACCCCCCCUGCUCCUGUCGGUCAUCCCCGGGGGGUUCAUCAAGCAGCUGGUGCGGGAGACCGAGCAGGAGGCCAAGGCGGCGCGGCGGAGGAAGGAGAGCAGGGUGGGCACCAAGGAGGAGCCCGCGGGGAAGGACGGCGAGGCCCAAGCCGGGGACGGCCCCGCUGCCCGAGGAGGGGGGGCCAGCGAGGGGCCACUGAGGAACGGGCUGAAGGCAGAGGGGCAGGGGGGCAAGGGGGUCACAGCCACCCCGCAAAAGGAGCUGCCCCCUGUGCUGGGGACCGUCCCCAGCAAAACCCCGGCCCCUGCACCUGGCCCAGCAGCACCUGCCCCCAAAGCAGCAGAGACACCCCUCAAAAAAGCAGAAACAUCCCCCAAAACAGCAGCACCUGCCCCCAAACCGGCGGAGACACCCCUGAAAAGAGCAGAGAUCCCCCGCAAACCAGCAGAGACAUCCUCAAAAACAGCAGAAACAUCCCCCAAAACAGCAGAGGCUUCUUCCAAACCAGCAGAGACCACCCCCAAACCAGCAGAGACCACCCCCAAACCAGCAGAGACCCCUCACCCAGGGGCUCCCAAGGUGGGAAAGCCAUUGUGGCCCAGGAAGAGCCCCAAGGAUUCCUUCCUGGCUGGCAGCCCCGCAGCUCCAGCUCCUGCACCCAGCCAGGGCCCCCAGCGGGGCAGCAAAGUCCCAGGGAAGGAAGGGGACACGGCCAAGGGGACAGUCCCUGAGAGCACCAAGAAGAAGGGGACGGUCCUUGAGAGGACCGAGAAGGAGAAGGGGACAGUCCCUGAGAGCACCAAGGAGAAGGGGACAGUCCUUGAGAGGACUGAGAAGGAGAAGGUGACACCCCCGAGGCACGAGGAGCCCCCAGCCAAGGUGAAAGCCCAGAGGGAGCUGCUGUCAGCCAGGAAAGAGCCAGAGAAGAUGAAGAAAGAUGUUGGAGGUGGCAAGAAGGAGCCAAGGGAGAUCAAAAAGCCUGAAAAAACCACAAACAAGUCAGAGGGUCUCAAGGCAGAGCCGGGAGGAACCCAAGAGAAGUCCACAGAUGUGGGAAAAGAGGUGGGGAAGGUGAAGGAAGACCUGGGAAAGGGUAAAGAGAUGCUGAAAGAGAGCAAAGGGAUUGGCAAGAGCACAGACAAGGACCAGGCUAAAGAAACGUCGGGAAGGAGCAAAGAGAUGAGCAAGAGCAUGGAAAAGGACCAGGAUAAAGAGGCAUUGGGCGAGAGCACGGACAAGGACCAGGCUCCGAGGGACGUUUGGUACGAAGCAGAGAAGGUCUGGCUGAUCCAGCAGGACGGGUUCACGCUGGCCACACAGCUGAAGCCAGACGUGGGGACACCGGAGCUGCCCGCGGGGAGGGUGAGGGUGCGCCGGGACGAGGAUGGCACCGUCACUGAGGUGGACGAGGACAGCGUGCAGAGGACCAACCCCCCCAGCCUGGACCAGGCCGAGGAUCUGGCCGCCCUCAUCAGCCUCAACGAGUGCAGCGUCAUGAACACGCUGCGGCAGCGCUUCCGUGCCCGCCUGCCCUGCACCUACGCGGGGCCCAGCCUGGUGGCCAUCGCCACCGGCCCCGCGCCCGCCGACGGCGCCGGGAAGGCUCCCAGGGGGAGGCGGGACAACCUUCCCCCGCACAUCUGCUCGCUGGCACACAGAGCCUACAGGAACCUGCUGAUGCAGCGGCAGGACCAGGCCAUCGUGCCCCUGGGGCACAGCGGGGCCGGCAGGACCCGGUGCUGCCAGAGCGCCCUGGAGUACCUGGUGGGCACGGCGGGCAGCCUGGACGGCAGGGUCUCAGUGGAGAAGAUCCAGGCAAUGUUCACAGUCCUGGGAGCCUUUGGGUCAGUGACCACCAGCCACAGCAGCAGCUCCACGCGCUUCUCCAUGGUCCUGUCGCUGGAUUUCAGUGCCACUGGCCAGGUCACUGCUGCUCACCUCCAGACCUUGCUGCUGGAGAGGGCCCGCGUUGCCCGGCAGCCCGAAGGAGAGAGCAACUUCAACAUCUUCCCACUGCUGCUGGCAGGGCUGGAUGUGGCAGAGAGGACGAUGCUGCACCUGCACCAGGUGGCUGAGAGCAAUUCCUUUGGGAUCAAACCGCUCACAAAGCCCGAGGACAAGCAGAGAGCCUCGGUGGCCUUCUCCCAGCUCCGGGCUGCCAUGGGCACGUUGGGCAUCACGGCGGAGGAGCAGGCGGCCGUGUGGCGCAUCCUGGCUGGAAUCUACCACCUGGGAGCUGCUGGAGCCUGCAAAGUUGGCAGGAAGCAAUUCCUGAGGUUCGAGAGCGCCAGCCGCGCCGCCGAGGUGCUGGGCUGCGACGUGGAGGAGCUCGGCACCGCCGUCUUCAAGCACCACCUGAGGCACAUCCUGGCGCAGGUGACAGCGCGGGGCCGGCCCCAAGCAGAGGAGAGCCCGCCAGAGCCGAAGAUGACGGGAGUGGAGUGUGUGGAGGGAAUGGCCUCGGGGCUCUACGAGGAGCUCUUUGCCGCCGUGGUUUCACUCAUCAACAGGUCCUUCUCCUCCCAGCACCUCUCCAUGGCCUCCAUCGCCGUGGUGGACACCCCUGGCUUCCAGAGCCCGCGGCAGCAGCGCAGCGAGCGAGCGGCCACCUUCGAGGAGCUGUGCCACAACUACGUCCAGGAGAGGCUGCAGGGGCUCUUCUACGAGAAAACCUUCCUGUGGGAGAUGGAGAGGUACAGAGAGGAAAAUGUUGAGGUGUCUUUUGAUCUUCCAGAGUGCUCUCCACUGGCCACGCUGUCCAUCAUCGACCUGAGCUGCUCCCAGCCGCAGGUGCUCCCGGGCAGCCCCGGGGCCGCUCCUCGGGGGCUGCUGUGGAUCCUGGACGAGGAGGUGCUGACCCCAGGCUCCGGGGAUGGCACUGCCUUCGAGCGCCUCUGCUCCUACUUCGCCACCAGGGCACCCGACCAGGACGGUGAGGGGCACCUGCGCAGGUGUGAGCAGACACUGCACUUCGAGAUCUGCCACCAGCUGGGCACGGCCCCCGUGCGCUACGACCUCACGGGCUGGGUCAGCAAGGCCAAGUUCAACCUCUCGGCCCAGAAUGCCAUCCAGGUGCUGCAGAAUUCCACGGUGGCCGCGGUCCGGGAGCUGGUGCAGCCGCGGGCGAGCGCUCCGCUCUGCUGCCGCGCCCUGGCGGGGCUGGAGGGGCGCUCCCAGGCCGCCCUGCACCGCAACGCCUGCCUGAGGAAAACCUUCGCCAGCAGCUUCGCCGCCGUCAGGAAGAGGUCGGUGUGCGCCCAGAUCAAGCUGCAGGCGGAUGCCCUCACCAACCUUCUCCGACGGUCCCAGCUGCACUUUGUCCACUGCCUCCUCGCAGGGAUGGGCCGGGAAGGGCCGGUCCCUCGGCCCCCGGCGCCGCCGGACGCAGCCCCACAGCUGGAUGUGGUGGCCCUGAGGACACAGCUGGAGGGGACCCAGCUCCUGGAUGCCCUGCGCCUGCACCGUGUGGGGUAUUCGGAUCGGCUGCUCCUCACCCAGUUCCGCAGGCGCUUCCAGGUGCUGGCUCCGGAGGUGAUGAAGAAGCACAACUCUGCCUACGAGGUGCCAGAUGAGAGCAAGGCUAUCGAGGAGCUGUUCCAGGCGCUGGAUCUGGAGAAGAAGAGCGUUGCCAUAGGACGCACCCAGGUGUUCCUGAAGCCGGGGGUCAUCUCCAGGCUGGAGAAGCAGCGGGACAAGCUGAUAGCCCAGAAGAUGACUCUGCUCCAGGCUGCCUGCAAGGGCUUCCUCAGCCGCCAAAAGUUCAAGAGAUUGAAGAUCCAGCGCCUGGCCAUCCGCUGCAUCCAGAAGAACCUGCUGGUGUUCCAGGCCAUCAGGCACUGGCCCUGGUGGCGGCUGCUGAGCCACGUGCGGCCCCUGCUCAGCGUUAACCUCGCCGAGGAGCAGCUCCGAGCUAAGGAAGAGGAGCUGGCGGCGCUGAGAAGGAAGCUGGAAAAAUCCGAGCAGGCAUGCAGCGAGCUCAGACAGACUACAGAAAGUCUGGAGAGCAAGAUCAUCGACCUGACCACGGAGCUGUCGGAUGAGCGCUACAAGGGCGAUGUCACCUGCCAGGCCCUGGAUGGGGAGCGGGCGGAGCGGCUGCGGGGCACCCGCGAGCUGCAGGAGCUGCAGAGCAAACACGACCAAGUGCAGAAGAAACUGGAGUCGGUGGAGAAGCAGCUGGAAGAGGCCCAGCAGCUGGUGCAGCUGCGUGAGAUGAAGAUCAGCGGCUCUGGAGGAGAGGACGAGUGGCAGGUGAGGUUUGACUGUGCCCAGACCGAGAUCGUUUUCCUGCGGAAGCGGCUGGCACAGCUGGAGGAGCGGCUGGAGGCAGAGCUGGGCACCAGGACAGGGCUCGAGCAAAAGCUGGGCGAGGCGCGGGCCGCGUGCCAGGCGGCGCGGGACGGGGCGCAGCGGCUGCGGCGGCGGUGCCAGCGCCUGGCCUGCGAGCUGGAGGACGCCCGGGUGCUGGCUGAGAACCAGCAGAGCCGCAGCCACGAGCUGGAGAAGAGGCAGAAGAAGUUUGACCUGCAGUUAGCCCAGGCCCUGGGGCAAUCUGCCUUCGAGAAGAGCCUCCGUGAAAAGCUGUCCCAGGAGAACACCAGCAUCCGCUGGGAGAUGGGCAAACUGCAGCAGAGCCUGGAGCACAAGGAGGCCGAGGUGGCCAGGCUGGAGCAGCAGGUGGCCGUGCUGGCCGGCCGAGUGCAGGAGCUCAGCACCCCCGGGGCCACGGACACGGUGCCCGCGCUCAAGAAGAAGCUCUGGGACCUGGAGGGCAGCGCUGCUGGGCAGAAGAAGGAGCUGGAGCGUCAAACAGCCGCCGUGGAUCACCUGGAGCAGGUCCACGAGAGGCUGGAGCUGGAGAUCGAGAGGAUGAAGCAGAUCCACCAGAAGGAGCUGGAGGACAAGGACGAGGAGCUGGAGGACAUGCAGAAGUCCUGCCAGAAGAGGCUCCGGCAGCUGGAGAUGCAGCUGGAGCAGGAGCACGAGCAGAAGCAGAUGGUGCUGCACGAGAAGCAGGACCUGGAAGGGCUCAUUGGCACCUUGUGUGAGCAGAUCGGCCACCGCGACUUCGACGUGGAGAAGCGGCUGCGGCGGGACCUGCGGAGGACCCGCGCCCUCCUGGCCGAUGUUCAGCUGCUGCUGGCGGCCCCAGCAGAGCCCGGAGGCAGCGCCCAGGAGCUGGAGCAGCUGCGCAAACAGUUGGAAGAGAGCGAAGCCAAGUGUGCAGAGGCCCAGAGAUGCCAGCAGACAGCAGCCCUGGAGCUGGAGAACCUGCACACGGAGCUGGAGACCCUCAGCAGAAGCAAGACCCUGGUGGACGAGCAGCUGUUCCAGCUGCAGCACGAGAGAGCCGACCUGCUGAAACGCGUCGAUGAGGACCAGGAAGACCUGAACGAGCUCAUGGAAAAGCACAAGGCUCUGAUCGCCCAGUCGGCCACAGACAUCGCUCAGAUCCGGGAGCUGCAGACGCAGGUGGAGGAUGUGAAGAAAGAAAAGCAGAGCCUGCAGGAGAAGCUGCAGGCAGCUCAGGCCAGGGUGGCACAGCUGGAGCAGUGCCCGGCCGAGCGCUCCAUCGUCAGCCGGCAGGAAGCUCGGAUCCGGGACCUGGAGAGCCAGCUGGACUUCCAGGCCGUGCAGAUGAAGCGCUUCGAGGUGCUGGUGCUGCGCCUGCGGGACAGCAUCAUCCAGAUGGGAGAGGAGCUGGAGAAGGCGGCCGAGUCGGAGGCACGGGAGAGGGAGAACACCAAGUACUACCAGAGGAGGAUGGAGGAGAUGAAGGCUGACAUGGACGAGCUGGUGCAGAGGGAGCUGGAGUCCAGCCGCCGGCGCAUGGAGCUGGAGCAGCAGCUGGCAGAGCUGGCGGAGGUGAGGCAGGUGCUGCAGGCUGACCUGGGCACCUCCAUCCGCCGCAUCGCAGACCUGCAGGUGGCCCUGGAGGGGCUGCGUGACAGCGACGACAGCGAUGACAGCGUGCGGACGGCGCGGGAGUCGCUGUGCUCCAGGAGAGACACGGAUGCCUGCUCCACUGUUGGCUCCGUGCUCAGCCUGGAGCCCGCGGAGAGCGUCAAGUCCUGGCCGAGCUCCUCCUCAGGCUGGACGUCCCUGGCGGGUGCCAGCGUGGCCGGGAGCGUUUCAGCACCGUCCAUCGGCGGCCGCAGCACCCAGAGCCUCAGGGUGAGCAGAGACACCAAGGUGAGCCAGCCUCUCUCCUCCCGGAGCGCUGCGGAUCCGGGGAGGACAGCGAGUCCCCUGCUGGGAGCCAGAAGACGGGAAUAUGGAAAACCUCAGGCAGAAGAAGAGGAGGUGGAGAGCCCAAAGAAGCCCGUGGAUAGGAUAGGAGAGACAUCCCCAUCGGUGCUGCGGCGGGGCGGCUCCCCGGCUGCGGACGGGAGGUUCCCUAGCGCGGUGUCCCCGCCGGUGCCCAGCAGGAGGAGGCUCUCGGUGGCAUCGGGGCCGGUCUCGGUGGCCUCGGGGCCGGUGCCCAGCUCUGCCGCCCUCUCCGAGUACGUGGAGGAGCUGCGGCGGCAGCGGGGAGCGGAGCGGGAGCCGGGGCUGCCGGCGCUGGGGGACACCUCUCCCCUGCCCAUUUACCGCACCACCGGCUCCGCGGCCCUGCGGCGCUCCAGGGCUGUCCCAGCGGCCGAGGAGCCCCCGGGCAGGCUGGACGGGGAUCAGGCAGGGGAAGGGGAGGGAGCAGGUGCCAGCCUCACCCGCUCCUCCAGCCUGCGGAGCAUGGCCUCGGAGCCGGCCGAGCCCCCGCGUUCCCCAGCGCUGAAAAAGGCAUCGAAAUUCGGCUCCUACGACUCCCUCCUGCCGGCCCUCGACGGCUCCGGCCGCCGGCCGAGCUCCCCGGCUGCCGGGAUGGAGGUGCCGCGGCUGAGCUCCUGGAGGAGCUGCCUGGAGCCGUCGCUGGAGGAUGUGGAGCUGGGCAAGGAGCCGGAGGGAUUGCUGAGCUCCCUGUCCGGCGAUGGGCUGGGUGAGGGGAAGGGGAGCGACCCCUUCAGCUGGCGAAUACCCACCCUCAACUACGAGAGGAGAACCAAGGUUGACUUCGAUGAUUUCCUGCCGGCCAUCCGCAAGUCCCGCUCCACCAGCAGCCUGGCCAGACCCCGCAGGGACAGGAGGGACGGCCAGCGGCCCCUCACUGUGCGCUUCGAGGACGAGGCCAUCGCGGGCAGUCUGGAGUCCUCUGAGACCAAGAGCACGGCCAAGUGCAGCCGGGAAGAGCCCGGGGACCUCUCUGACUCCUCCUCAUCCUGUGGCUCCCAGCGGUCCUCCCGGAGCGCCGACAGCAUCAAGCGCCGGCCGCAGCCCCCGAGAGCGGCCGGGGAGGGCUCCAGCGGCAGAGCCGGCAGCCAGGGCAGCGGGAUGAGCCGCCGAGCCGAGGCCGAGGGGAAGGAGGACGAUGUCAGCAGCAUCAUGAAGAAGUACCUGGGCAAAGACUAAGGAAGCAAAUUUGCAUAAUGCAACGUCCCACUUUCUGCAGGAUUCGUUUCCAUCGAGCACAGCACUUGCCCCGACCCGCAGUGACGAGGAGCCACGUUGGGCACACAGCUUCCCUGCUCCUGGCAGAACCACCUCACGUGAGCAGAGACUGCAAAUGGCUCCGCAAAACUCAUGGGAUGGUUCUACAAACUUUUUUUGGUCUUGGUUUCCUCAUGCUCCUGCCCCGUUUCCCAGCGCCGCAGCUUUGCUCAGGGCCAGCCGCGGGGACAAGGACUUUCCUGUUCUCCUGCAGUUGUUUGACUUGGGAGUUGGUGCUUAAAUUAAAACCCAGCGGCUGCCACAGAUGCUGAGGAUGUGCCAUGGACUGGGAAAGCCACUCUGAGAGGAGCUGGAGGGACACCAAACCCCUCCUUUGUAACCCAGAGCUGCAGCCCAGGUGUCUCAUCCCACGUUGCACUGCUCAAAAUUCAGCUGAUCUUCCAGGAUGCUCUUGGGUCUCAGUGUGACACCCAGCAACAGCAGAGCUCUGAAGCUUUUAUAAUUCCACAGGUAUUUGAUGGAUCCAUCUGUGCUUCCAUGGCUCCAGCCUGUGGGGGACACCUGGGCACAUCCCAGUGGCUUGCAAGGCACAUGGGCAAUGGAGGGGUCUAUUUAAUGUCUGCUUGGUUUUUACACAAUAAAAUAUUUGCUUCUUUGACACACAGGUCCCUUCUUGUUAUUCCUUUCCCCACGGUGGGAGCAGGUCUGUGGAAGUU